CCGCGCUCACUUAUAGCUUUGAAUCUGACAAGGCUGUGAAGAACCACAACUGUCAGACAGCGUACUUCUCAGGUUCAAUUUUGAACAGCACAUCAGUUCUUUUCGAGAGAUUUAAAUCCUGAUUAUUUCAGCUAAAAAUGGCACAUCUACAGUUUGAAGCUAGCAUCAGUGAGUUAGUACGACUAGAUGGCCCUCUGCACCGAGCUCCAAAGCCAAGAUGGCAACGAAAGGCAAUGGAAAGAAAGGAUUCCUUGGACUCCUUCAGCAAGUCACAAAUGUCUCCCCAAGGUCUCUGCCAACCCAAGACACCAACCUUCGGUGGGAGUUUUCGGACUCCUUUAGGGGAUGCCUCAUUCAGAGGAAGCAAGACUCCUGGCAAAACUCCCAGUAAGACCCCAGGCAAAACCCCAGGAAAGAAGCGUGUCAAGUCUCCAAGCAAGGCAUCGGGUACUUCCAGUGUCCCUACUCAACCCCCAGCCAACCAGGGCGACAGGUUCAUCCCAAACCGUGCCCUUAUGGACAUGAACUUCAGCCACUUUAAGAUCAACAACCGAGAAGACGUAGACGAAGGAGAGGAUAAGAAGGAGAAUGGUUACAACAGCGCCCUCUCUGAGAUGUUAAAUGGCAAGCAGACUGAGAACGCAGAUAUCCUCACCCUUAAAGAGGGGCCUCCAAAACCACAAGAAGGAUACUACAACAACCUUAAAGUGCUGUACAGUAGCUCCAAGAGUGCGGUCAAAUCAAAGCCUGGUCGCUUCAUCAGAAAGGCAGCAGACCGUGUCUUAGAUGCUCCAGAGCUCCGAGAUGACUUCUACUUGACCCUCCUGGACUGGGGCUCGAGAAAUUUUGUAGCUGUUGCGCUUCAUGAUGAGGUAUAUCUAUGGAAUGCGGUGAGCGGUACGAUUGAGCAUCUCAUGAAGCUAGAGGGCGCUGAUGAUUACGUUUCUGGCGUGUCUUGGAUUAGGGAAGGCAACGUAUUGGCUGUAGGAAACGCUCAGGGGCAAGUUCAGCUGUGGGAUGUGGAGAAGACCAAGUGCCUGCGUGUCAUGGGCGGUCAUGCAGCACGUAUUGCGGCACUGUCAUGGAGCUCAUUUAUCUUAACGAGUGGUUCCCGAUCCGGUAUGAUACACAACCAUGACGUCCGCGUCGAAAACCACCACGUAGCAACCCUUGAGAGUCACACACAAGAAGUGUGUGGCCUCAAAUGGAGCCCUGAUGGCAAAUACCUUGCCAGUGGGGGGAACGACAACAUGGUCAAUGUAUGGGAUGCCUCGGCUGGAACAGGAACAGCCCCCGUGUAUUCAUUCACACAACAUCGGUCUGCAGUGAAGGCAUUGGCUUGGUGUCCAUGGCAACCAAACAUUCUCGCAAGUGGCGGAGGAACAGCCGAUCGUCAGAUCCGCUUCUGGAACAGUCUAACUGGACUCUGUCUCAAUAGCCUGGAUACUGGAUCACAGGUGAGCUCUAUUCUGUGGUCUGCGGAGCACAAGGAGGUAGUGUCAAGUCAUGGCUACGCUCACAACCAACUGAGCAUCUGGAAGUAUCCCAUGAUGCAACACAUUGCCGACCUACGAGGUCAUACCAACAGGGUACUGACCAUGUGCAUGUCACCUGAUCAAACCAUGGUUAUGUCAGCUGCUGCCGACGAGACGUUACGAUUGUGGCAUUGCUUCACCAGCGAGGGCAGCAACAAAUCAAAGUCCACCAAAAGCGGUAAGAAGACCAUAAGCCACGCACUAUCAGUCGGUCAGAUCAGGUAGAUUUAAGAUGAUACUUAUGCGAUUGUUGUAAAUAUUCGUGAGUAAGUUUAUGUUAAUUUGUUUUGAUAAUAUAAAUAAAUCAUAGUCCGUGUCCGGAUUAGCGGCUAGUUAGUGCUAUGGCUAGAGUUCCGAGUCAUCAUGCGUUGGAAGUAUGGGAUGUCAUUAGCAACACACUUAGCAACAGUCGUAGCCAAUACUGUUGCCGCCAAUUCGAUACGGCCCAAUAUAAUAGCUCAACGGCCCAACAGCUCUCCCAUAUGCUAAUCUAAUAAUGUUUAUAUGCACAAAUUGGUGCACUAACUCAUUUGCAUGGGUUAACAAGUGAAUAUUUAUUACCAAAUUUGCAUAGUUGGACUCUGAGCAUUAUUUGAAAUUAUUAUACUAAGAGGUGUAAAACUGUUUAUAUUUUUGUAAUGUAGUUAUUUGUAAUGUGUUUCAUGUGUAUAUUUCAAGGUUUAGAAACAGAUUAAACUGUAUUUGAGGUAAGGUAAAUCAUAAAGAAAAUACUGCAUUUCUGUUUGUUUUCUAGGCUUUUCACGUAUCAAAGUAUUUGAAUAUUUUCCUAGAACGAUUUGUAUUUGAGGAACUGCAGCAAUUUAGAAGAAAUGGAAGCGGGAAGUUGUGUCGCUAUAUAAAUUAGAAUUUGAACAUGUCUAAUCAUAGAACGAAACUGAAGUGCUUUACUUUUAAACACAUUUUGUUGUAAAAAAUAAGAUAUUCAUUUUGUUUUAAAGUGUAUGUGAAAUUGUGGAAUUGUUAUUGGCAUUGUACUUACGUAAGGUUGUAAAUUAUGUUAAGAAGAUAGUAUUAUUUAUUGUCAUUUAUUAAAGUACUGCAAAGCGGUUGUUCAGUAUAGAGUUUAAAUUUAAAACCAAAGUCAAACAAA